GAGAACAAUACAAAGUACAGAGAAAUUUAGUGGCAGCAUGAGGAUUCACGUAGAAACUAAUCUUCUGCUGGUCUUGAUAAUCAAUGCCUUUGUCAAGAUCGAAUGUUUUAAAAUCACUGGCGACGACUUAAGUCUUUUGAACAGCAAUGACGGGCUUUGGGUUUUCGAUGAUAACGAAGAAAUUGUUCGAGCUACGGCUGACAUUCCAAAUGAUCUGCUCUCGUCACUGAUUUCUAUGAAUACGCAUGUACGAUUCUAUCUGUAUACUAGAAAUCUCACUGGCAAUUACGAAAGUAUAACGAUUGGCGACGUGCAAUCGUUAAAAUUGUCAACCUUCGAUGCAACUCGAGAAACCAAAUUCUUUGCUCAUGGAUGGAUGAAUUCGAAAAGUAGCAAAUCCUGCAGAUUAGUCAGAGAAGCCUAUCUCGUUUACGGGGACUUCAACGUUAUUAUCGUCGACUGGAGUAAAAUAGCUAAAGGUACUUACAUUUGGUCAGCCAUGCAUGUUGUCCAGGUUGGCAAACACGUGGCCAAAAUGAUCGACUUUUUAGAAGAGCAAGGUAUCAAUCUCAACACAACCAGUCUUUCCGGACAUUCUUUAGGCGCUCACGUAGUGGGUCUAGCCGGAUACUACGCCAAAAAUAAAGUCAACUACAUCGUUGGUCUGGACCCGGCCCUGCCACUCUUCUCCUUUGCCGGCGUCGGCUCGAGGAUAUCGACCGAAGACGCGAAGCAAGUGGAGAUCAUCCACACGAACGCGGGCUUCCUGGGUUUUCUCGCGCCCAUUGGCGACGCCGACUUCUACCCGAACGGAGGUAAACGGCAGGUGGGUUGUUCCAUCGACUUUGGUGGCUCCUGCUCUCACUCCCGCUCUUACGAAUUCUUCGCCGAGUCCAUCGUCAGCGCAGUCGGCUUCUACGGGAUGAACUGCAAGAACUACUCGAGCUUCGUGCACGGCGACUGCGAGGGCAAUAUCUGUCUCAUGGGCGGUGACAACAGCAAUCUGAUUUCAAACGGCACCUACUACCUUGGCACCGGCACCAACUAUCCCUACGCCAAAGGCAUCGAGUAAGCUGCCCAUCGACUAACAAAGGAGUCUCCUCGCUAUCUACCUCGAAUCGCCAACUGUUAAUUGGUACACAACUGCGAUUCUUACUUGUUCCUAAAUCUGCUGUCAUACUCAUGAACCACGAAAUCGUAUUAAAUAUUCUUAAACUACUCUGUCUUAUAAUACAAUAAUGUGCUCGAAUUAAUCGAAUAUGUAUAGAACCUUACAAAAGCAAAAUUGUACAUGUA